ACAAGUUGCAUAUCUAAACUCAAUUUUGAAACUGAGAGCUUAAAUUGGAAUAACCCAUAGAGCCUUAGAAACAAACUUAGAAGAACUUUUAAAAAAAAAAUUAAAACUUUAUUUUAAGCAGAAAAACUUUUCUUUUAAGAAGUUUCCUUUUUCGGAACACCCUAUUAAACCAAAUCAUAUAGUAAGGUUUGAGUUCUGUGGAACAAUUAAAGAGAAAGAGUGAAGUGAGGGAGAGAUGGCAACACAAUGGUCUCUUUACAGGGAUGUUCUGCCAGUUGUGGUGAUUAUAGGCAAUGAAUGCAAUGACAUGGGAUUGCUCACACUCUUCAAGAUAGCCACACUCCAAGGGAUGAACAACCAUGUCUUUGUGGCCUAUGCUUAUGCUAUUGGCACCACUAUACUCCUUCCUGUCACUUUUUUCCACACAAGAACAAGAGUGGACGUUCCUCCUCUCAGUUUCUCCAUAAUAUCCAAAAUCGCCCUUCUUGGGGUCAUAGGAAGUUCAUCUCAGAUACUGGGUUAUGUUGGUAUUAGCUACAGUUCUCCAACACUUGCUUCAUCAAUCGCCAAUCUAGUGCCAGCUUUCACCUUCACCCUUGCUGUCAUUUUCAGGAUGGAAAAGUUAGCUGCAAAAAGUCGUAGCAGUCAAGCUAAGGUAAUAGGAAGCAUCAUAUCAAUAGCAGGAGCAUUUGUGUUGACAUUGUACAAAGGCAAACCAAUCAUAAACGCUCACACCCAUCUUUCCUUACUACUUCAACAACCAAUUAACUUUCUUAAAUCAGAGGAUGCAAGUUGGGCCAUUGCUGCCACUCUGCUCAUAGCUGACUACUUUCUAACUUCAGUAUGGUACAUUUUACAGGCAGAUGUCUUGAAAGUGUUCCCGGAUGAAUUAACUAUUGUUUUCCUUUAUAACGUGGCUGCCACCAUUACAUCUACUGUUAUAGGUUUAUGUGCGGCAAAUGCUAGUGCUUGGAAAAUAGGACUUGAUAUUUCACUGAUCUGCAUUGUUUGCUUUGGAAUAUUUGGAAAGUUCGUGAGCUCUGUGGUUUUUGUUUGGGCAAUACACUUAAAGGGACCUGUCUAUGUAACAUCAUUCAAGCCACUCCAAAUUGUUAUUGCUGAUGUCAUGGGUGUUAUGUUCCUUGGUGAUACUCUUUACAUUGGAAGCAUAAUUGGAGCUGCAAUAAUAUCAAUUGGGCUUUAUGGUGUAUUGUGGGGCAAAGCAACAGAAGAUAUAGAGGAAGAUGUUGGUCGCUCAGAAUCAGCAACUACUGAGAAUGUUCCUCUCUUGAGAGGCUACAAAACUGAAGCUUCUGAAAUGAAAGCAGAUGGAAAUGUUUAAGAGAAAAAGUACAAACUUUUCACAGCUUUUAAUAUCCAAUGAGGACCUAAACUGUGGUUUCAUGGUCUCCCAAAGUGAUCCAAGUGGUUACCCCUCCACAGGACAAUGCUGUUAGCUAGGGAUCCUUAUUAUUAUUGUUUUUAUUUUAUAUGUGAAUCAAAUCGCCUUUAUAAUUGUAUAUAAUUAAAAUUCUUAAUAAUUGUGUAUAACCAGAAUUGUUAUUUUAGUUUGUACAAAUGAAUAUCAACAACUUGUUCAUCGCUUGCUGUUCAAUUGUGGUUUUUCGGUA